AUGGGCAAGAUGGGCAAAAUUUAUGACUGGCUUGCGGCCCCGGGAAGAAAGGGUCCAAUCGCAGGUGUCGCUCCCACACAAGCUGUCGUUCGCCUGCACAACUCUGGCAAUGACAAGAUGCCCAUGUCCGAGCUCAGCGAGGUCUACUCUAAAAGCAACGACUCCUUGGAAAACAUCACCGGCUAUGUGGACAAGAAAAAAGACGGGCGUCUCGAUCGAUGGCUAGACUGGGUCGUUUGCGCAUCCGGCUCCGAGCCCGUCUUCUUGCUCAUCAUGGCCGGCCUACUGGCUUGGGCCCUUGCGGGUAUCAAGUACGGCGAGGCCGACUCUUGGGCAGUCGUCAUAUCCGACAUUCAGGCCGUUCUCUGCUACCUCUUUGACUCGCUACUUGUGCGUCAGCAGCUCAACAGCUACGACAAGAUGAUUCGGCUGACGGCGAGCUUGCGGUCCCGCGGCGCCAGCCAACAGCGCAUGCUCCGCAACGUCCGAGCCAGGGGACAUGGUCUGGCGCGAGACGAUCGUGGUUGUGCCGCCGAGCUGGAGCAGAGGUUCCAGCAAAAGCUGGUCAAGGUGGGCUUGCCGCCGGAGAGUUGGCUGGGACGGCUGUCGACCCGCGCUUCGGACAUUAUGGGACACUUUGUGACCCUUUGCCUGUACUGGGUGGGCAUAUUCAUCUGGCUCGCCUUUGGUCACUACUGUGGCUGGAGCGACCGCUGGCAGCUGUACAUCAACUCGGCGACGUCUGCACUCAUGGUUCUCAUCUUUGCGUUCCUGGCCAACAUUCGCGAGCGUCAUGCCCUCUUCACCAACCGCUGGCUGAAUCUGCUCUUUGAAGCCGACUCGUCCGUGGAGCUGCGACUGCGCCAGAUUACUGGUGACGGUACGCCCAACGAAAGUGUCGAGGUUCCUGCCCCCAAAAUGAGUCGUCUGCAGCGCGCAAUCUUCUAUUAUGCCGACUUUGUGGGUACGCUGACCGGUGUCGCCAUCUUGAUCGCUGUCAUUUUCGCCUGGGUGGCCAUUGGACCGGCCAUGGGCUUCAGCGCCAACUGGUGGCUUCUCAUCGGCACAUAUGCCGGCCUCAUCGGCCUUCAUGACGGCUUCGUGCUGCGCAACCUCCAGCAUGAGCUAGCCCGCUACGAAGACGAUGCUUUCGAGGAGGUCAUCUACUCUGACAUGGCUGUGAUUGAGGAGGCUGUCAUUGCCGAUCCUGGCUCGCAGGCAGCCAAAGUGAACUCGUCACUGAGCUCACGCCUGUCGGACCGCAUGGGUGCCUUCUUCUCACACGAGUACGUUGUCAUGGCGGAUGUUGUCUUCAUCGUCGGACUGGUUAUCGGCGCGAGUGCCAUGCGAUGGACCGUGACAGGACAGCUGCUGUGCAACGUGCCUCCGAGCCUCAUAGAGAGCUUCAUCAUGCUGAUUCUCGUAACCGGACACAACUUGGGCGAGGCCCGCCGCAGGCAAAGCAUCGAGACCAUGUAUCUGCGCAGACUCAAGGUGUUGGUGUACGUCGACAUGGUAGGGGAGAAGACGGGUGAAAAGGCGUAG